AAUGCUUCCCAUCCAAGCCCCACAAACACUCCUCAACUCCCUACAAAACAUCUGCAGCUCAUUCAUAUGGGGGAACAAGAAACCGCGCAUAUCCUGCACCAUACUCUACAAACAUCCUACAAAAGGAGGAGUAGGGUUACCCAACCUAAACCAGUAUUAUAAAGCCACGAUGCUGGCAUCGGGCAUACUGUUGCACUUAAAUCGAGGUAUCAUCCAAUGGGUAGACAUGGAAAAAGCCCAAUUGGACAAAAACGCAACGCUCGACUACCUAUGGACACCGAAAAAACAUAGACCAGUCAAACCAAACCUAUACCCCACCACAACACUGACCGUCCACAUUUGGUCUACAUUUCUAGAUACAGUAGGGGCCAAAGAAAAAUUCCACCCCAACGCACCUCUAACCGCCUUAAGAGCCAUAUCACCAGACAUGCGUCUACAGACUUGGGCACAUGCAGGCAUUAGACAUAUUCACCAGAUAAUGCAAUCGCAAGAAAUAUUACCCUUCACAGACAUACAAACGAAAUGGGAAUUGCCAACAAACGCUAUUUUCACAUACUUACAACUAAAAGGGAUCAUCAACACACAUGUAAACAAGCAACAACAAUCCCCUGAACAGAGCCCCCUUCCAUCAAAGGCA